AUGUUAUCAUUUAAACGAUCAAAAUCAAAACAAUCUGUUGAUGAUGAUCCUGAUAAUCAACAUCAUCAUCACCACCACCAACAUAACCAACAUAACCAACAUAAUGAUGGAAUGCUUCGACGAUUACAUAGUAAUUUUAGAUAUAGAAAAGAAACAACAUCAGUAGACUCAACCAUGCAAUCAAUCAAAUUGGUAGUAGUAGGUGAUGGUGCUGUAGGCAAAACCUGUCUACUCAUCUCAUAUACCUCAAACAGUUUCCCAACAGAAUAUGUUCCAACGGUAUUUGACAAUUAUUCUGCCAAUGUAAUGGUAGAUAACAAGACAGUUUCUCUUGGACUUUGGGAUACAGCAGGUCAAGAAGAUUACGAUAGACUUCGUCCAUUGUCGUAUCCACAAACCGAUGUAUUCUUAAUAUGUUUUGCUAUUAUAUCACAAACCUCGUACACCAACGUAAAGAGCAAGUGGUGGCCAGAGGUAUCGCACCACUGUCCCAACAGCACCAUCAUUCUCGUGGGUACCAAGUGCGAUCUCCGCGACGACAGAGAAGCCUUGGAAAAGUUGAGAGAAAAGAACCAACAACCACUGACCGCCCAACAAGGCGAGCAAAUGGCCAAGGAUAUCAAGGCCUUUUGCUACUUGGAGUGCUCGGCCCUCACUCAAAAAGGUCUCAAGCAAGUUUUCGAUGAAGCCAUCAAGGCCGUCAUCUUCCCAGACCGUGAUAAAUCAAACAAGUCUAGCAAAACAAAGUGCACAAUCUUAUAA